AAUGGUUAUUCUGUUUAUGAUUUUGAAGUUGAUUUGAUGAAUGAUGAAUUUGAAUAGUCAGAUAUUCCAAUUUAUAGUAUAGGUCUUUUCUAAUUCAAAGACUGAAAAAAUGUCUGUGAGAAGAGCUCUACAUGCGGGAAGUUGGUACACCGAUUCGGGAGCUGAAUUGUCCAAGCAGUUGGACUAUUGGCUAAAUCAAGCUGAGUUGAGUCAUGGGCCUGCUAGAGCAAUUAUCGCUCCGCAUGCAGGUUACCAGUACUGUGGAGCAUGUGGGGGGCACGCUUACAGACAAAUAAGCCCUAUUGUUGUUCGUCGAAUAUUUAUUUUGGGACCCUCUCACCAUGUACGUCUAUCAGGUUGUGCCUUGUCUAGUGCACAAAAAUACAAAACACCUCUUUAUGAUCUCCAUAUAGAUUCACAGGUCAAUAGCGAAUUAGAAAUGACAGGUCAGUUUGAGUGGAUGGAUUUGGAUACUGAUGAAAAUGAGCACAGUAUUGAAAUGCACCUACCUUACAUAGCUAAAGUUAUGGAAAAUUUCAAAAAUCAGUUAACUAUUGUUCCUAUACUUGUGGGAUCUCUCAGUCCAGAGAGAGAGGCUUGUUAUGGAAGGAUUUUAUCUAGUUACUUAGCAGAUCCAAAAAAUCUCUUUGUAAUAUCAUCAGAUUUUUGCCAUUGGGGCCACAGGUUCCGCUAUACUUAUUAUGAUCGCUCCUAUGGUAAUAUCUAUCAGUCAAUUGAAGGAUUAGAUCAUGUGGGUAUGGGUAUCAUUGAAAAUUUGAACCCCACAGAAUUUACAACUUACCUUAAAAAAUUUGGCAAUACUAUAUGUGGCAGGCAUCCUAUAGGAAUACUUUUACAGGCAAUACAAGAAUUACUCAGGAAUGACAGUAGUCAGAAUGCCAGUUUGAAAUUUUUGAAAUAUGCCCAAUCAAGCCAGUGUCGCAAUAUGAACGAUUCAUCCGUGAGCUAUGCAUCGGCAGCUUUAGUGAUAGAUUAGUACAAGUGUGGCCUUAAUUAUCCAUCACGUUUUUUAAUAGCAAGCUUUUUACUAAUUAUUAUAUCCUACAGUAUGUCGAAAAAUGUGCCUACACAAGAAAUCUUUUUUUGGCAUAUUGUACUAAAUCAUGCUCAUUGAUGUUACUUAAUUUCCAAACAAAUUGAUUGAGGCCAUAAUUGAGAAAUGUAAUGAUUUAUGAGGUUUUACACAAUUAUCCAUAUAUUAAAUAUGCUGCAUCAUGAAUGAUCCCAAUGUUUACAAUAAUUGCCCACUAGGUACCAUCUUGUUCUGAUGUUCUCGAACAUAAUAUUGGGCGCAUUUUUACCUUCUUGCAGGUUGUAGAAGUCAGAAGUCAUAAUGUGUGUAUUAGAAUCUCUGAUCUGAUGAAUAUUCAAAUGUGGAGAAAUGUGAUUACACAGGGUAUUUCUAAACUUCACCGAAAUCUUCUGAGCAAUUUCAAAAACAAUAACUGAAGAAAGUUUAAAUCUCAUAUCGAACAUGAAAUUUGUAAAAAUCGACACAUCAGUAGUGAUUGUGCCAACUUUUGUUUCUUUUCAUUGAAUGUUGUUGAAAUAUCAAAUGAGGACCCAUGUUUACAUGAUCUUCUUUCUUACUUAUGUCUGGGGAAUCAGCUCACGAGAGAUUUUGGUGGUUUCGAAACACUGUACAUGCUAUAUUUAUAUCCUGAUAAACCAAGAGUUAUAAAAAGCUAUCAGACAAAGAUCCCGCUUUCUCCAAUUCCCCGAAAUUUCAGAAUUGUUUUUAUUCGUAAAAUGUUCAGAUCUGAAUUUGAAUUUUUUUACUACUCAACUUAACAGAUGAACCUGUCCAGACUUAAAUUUCAAUUGAUUCUAUACUUCAUGUCACAAAUUAAUGGAUUCUGGUACCUACUUGAAAUAAUUAUAAAAUGCGUUUCAAGUCAUAUAAAAAGAAAAUUUAUAAUCAAGCAAUUAAUCGUUCAAAAGUGAAGUUGAUUCAGAAAUGCGUACCAUUCAUUAUUAUACUAUUAGGUCAAGAGAUUCAAAAAAAAACGAGCACAGUAAGAAUAAAAAUGCAUCUUAUCAACAAGAGAAGUGGCUGUCCAGAAUGUCCUCUUAAUCUUAAGAAUAAAAAAAGUUAUUGGUACAUUUCAUGGAAGCCAAUUCAUUUUAUGAAUGAUUUGUGUUUGAUUGUGUUUAAUUUUUAUUGAACAAUUGAGAAAGACCAAGAAAUGUGCAUCUGAAAAAGAUAAGCGAAGUGUCUGAGCUUUUCUCGUAAUGGUCUUAUCAAGUUAUUUAUGUCCAAUCAAUAGGAAGUGGAAAAGAAACAUUUAUCAAUGUGAAAUAUGUUUUAUUGAACGGAUAUAAAUAAUAUCACUGUCUAAUUAUAUUUUAUAUAUACAAAAUAUAUAAUUACCUAUUCUAAUUUCACAUUUAUAUUCCCCCUUGAAAGAAAGCUAUCAAAGGAUUGAAUUCAGUAGUUCAGAAUGGUACUUGGAAUCUUUGAGAACAACUUGGUGUUUGAAGGAUAUAUCGCAUUAGAAAAUCUUCAUAUUUAUAUCCAUCCAAAUUACUCACAGAAUAUGUAAUAUGGGAGUAUUUUUUAUGUGAUUUAUUAUUUUUUCUUUAAUGAUUUGUUUAAUUUUGAUAGUGGUUAGGUAAAUAUAUGAAGGAAAUGUUGUUUUUUAGUUCAAACAUUUUUUUAAGUUGUUUUUGAUGAUGAUAAUUCAAUAAUUGUUUAUAAGGUUUUAAUUUGAAUAUAAGGACUUUUUUUC